AUGGCAGAACUACAGCAAGCAAUCCUUUUGAUGACGGAACUCCUGCAGAAGCUGGCACAGCCGAACAAUACGGAGCAAACUCUCGAAUCCUUGGCAACCAACAUCAGUGAAUUUUCGUUCGACCCGGAAAAUGGAAUCACUUUCGAAAAGUGGUACAGCCGGUAUACGGAUCUUUUCGAAUCGGAUGCCAAGAAUUUAGACGAUUCCGCCAAGGUACGCCUGCUGUUAAGGAAGUUGGACACACCAUCCCACGUCAGGUACGUCAACUUCAUCUUGCCGAAGCUUCCCAAAGACGUCGAUUUUAAGAUACUAUCGCAAAUGUUCGGCACACACACCUCCUUUUUUAACAAGCGGUACCAGUGCCUCCAGCUAGUAAAAUCUGAAGCAGAGGACAUCAUUAGCUACGCAGGGAAGGUGAAUCGUUCAUGCGAAGAUUUCGACUUCAAAAAUAUGAACAUCGAUCAGUUCAAGUGCUUGGUGUUUGUGAGUGGCCUUAAGGGUCAUGCCUACGCCGACACGCGUCCAAGGCUUCUUUCCCGGAUUGAAUGUGAAACAGCAGAAGCUCCCGUGAAUCUUCAGACCUUGAUUAACGAAUAUCAACGACUCGUUAAUCUCAAGGAGGACACAUCGAUGAUUGAGCGCCAGUCAAGCUCGAAACAAGCGGUUCACGCUGUCCAGGAGAAGGGAAGGUUUCAUCAUCCACACACUUCAAAAACGGAAGGUAAGCUGCCUCGCACCCCUUGUUGGCAAUGCGGACAAAUGCAUUUUGGCCGGAACUGUCCGUUUUCGGAGCACCAGUGCAAACAGUGCAACCGAAUUGGCCACACGGAAGGCUAUUGCGGCUGUUAUUCCAAACGGCAGACAGUUCCAGGCGGAGGGGAAAAGAAAACAUCGACUCAGUCACCAUCGAAUCAGCCAUCAAAUCAGCAAACGAAUCAGCCAGCAAAUAGACAAAACAACCCUCGGAAAGUCAACGCUAGAGGAGUAUACAUCGUGAACCACAUUGUGAACCACAUCGCUAACCGUUCCAGUAACCGAAAGUACGUGCCUACUUUGAUCAACGGCGUGGCUACCAGGCUCCAACUGGACACAGCAAGCGAUAUCACGGUGAUAUCAAAGCAAACCUGGAACAGCUUGGGUAACCCUUCAAUCAUCAAACCGACGAUCCAAGCAAUCAACGCGUCGGGCAAACCACUUCAUCUGAUGGGUGAGUUCCAGUGCGACGUCAGCAUCAACGGAAAAACUGCUCGAGGCAGAUGUUUCGUCACGACGACUGCCAACCUCAACCUUCUCGGCAUCGACUGGAUUGACCUGUUCAAGCUGUGGUCAGUUCCUCUCGACUCCGUUUGCAAUCAAGUAACGACGAAGUCGAUCGAUCAGCAGAUUAGUGAAUUUCGAGCAAAGCAUGCAAAUGUUUUCAAUGAUUCACUGGGACACUGCAGGAAAUUGAAGGUAAAGCUUUUUCUCAAACCAAAUGCUAAACCUAUUUUCUGUCCAAAGCGCCCAGUUCCUUUCAACACCAUUCCAUUGGUCGAUGCUGAACUCACACGGUUACAAUCAUUGGGCAUCCUCGAACCUGUCGAUUUCUCCGAAUGGGCUGCUCCCAUCGUGGCAGUGCGCAAACCUAACGGUCGAGUGCGCAUAUGUGCAGACUACUCGACGGGGCUAAACAAGGCGUUGGAACCAAAUCACUAUCCGCUUCCGACGCCGGAGGAAAUUUUCGCCCAACUCAACGGCAGCACCGUUUUCAGCAUCGUCGAUCUUUCCGAUGCGUAUCUGCAGCUUGAGGUGGAUGACGACUCCAAGAAGCUGCUCACAAUCAACACGCAUCGAGGAUUGUUCCGGUUCAAUCGUCUGGCUCCCGGAGUGAAAUCUGCGCCGGGCGUAUUUCAACGUGUGGUGGAUGGAAUGAUAGCAGACAUACCUGGUGUCCGCUCUUUCAUCGAUGAUGUCAUCGUGUUUGGAAAGGACAUCAGCUCACACGCAACGUCACUCAACCUACUCUUCCAGCGGCUCAAAGAGUAUGGUUUCCACGUGAAGGCUGAGAAGUGUCAUUUCUUUCAAUCACAACUCGGCUAUUUGGGGCACAUUGUGGACAAACAAGGCAUUCGUCCAGACCCCGAGAAAGUGAAGGCUAUUGCUGCACUUCCACCGCCAACCAACGUUCCCGAGCUUCGAUCGUACCUGGGUGCGGUCAACUUCUACGGUAGGUUCGUGCGCAACAUUCACGAAUUGCGGCAUCCAAUGGACCAGCUGUUGAAGAAGGACGUGAAAUGGCAGUGGACCCCGGCAUGCUAA